AUGUCAUCAAGAUUGGAAUCAGCAAGUCACAAACUCGUCAUCACAAAGGAGAUUUUGGGGUUCUUAAACCUUGGUUGGGUUGCAGGACUUCUACCAUUUCAUCCUGAUUUGCUAGGUUUGGUUCAACAUUUCCUUCUACUUUUCUUGGAUUACUUUUGCCAAAUCUAUGUUGGAAGCUACUCAUACCUACUCCAUGAUGUGAAGAAUGAUCCCAAUGAGCUGCCUCUAAUAGAUACAACAAAAUGCAGAGAUCUUUCAUAUGGGGAUACAAUGAAUGUGCCAAACAACUUCAUACAAUCCACUGGAAGAAGAUCACUUGUGCUAAGAAUCAGGGAGGAGAAGAAAGCUCUGAAGGAAGAAAAAUUGAAGCAAGAGGAGAAAUACACAUGGGCUAUUGUUGACGGUGUUAAAGAGAAGGACAAUGAAUUCUUACAUGAUGUCUUUGGUUUCACACCCAAGAAAAAGCUUAACAAUGGUGAGCACAGAAUGUCUGGUGGUGAAAAGAGGAUGUUCAAGUCACCAAAUUCUGUUUUGAACAAGGCUAGGACCCAAUUACUUAACAAGCAGCGGGUAUUAUCGGAGGGCAGGAACUUCGGGCAUUAUUCAGUCAGUAUGGGAGAUGAUGAGACAUGA